UAUUAUUUAAAAAAAGUAUAGCCGCCCGGCUAUACGUGGUGGUUGACCCAUAACCAUUCAUUUGAUCUCAUAUUCCUGAAUUCAUCGAUUCAUAACCUCUGUAAAUAAACGUCCAGACUAAAUAAGCUAGAGCGAAAAAAUCCAGUGUCUUAAUUCUCACAAACUCCUAUGAUAGAAGGACAUGAGUGAAAAUUCAUGACUAACAAGUUCAUUCCCUCCUUCAAGGUCUCCCUACUUGGUACAAACCAACCCUUUUAUAAUCUUAUCACCCACUACCUGUACGUUAGCAAUACCCUAAACCAACUUAAACAAAUCCACACUCUCCUACUCAAAUCCCCAACUAAACCCAACCACCGCUACCAUAUCUUGGUUCAGUUGCUCAAGCGGCUCCUACAACUCCCUGGCGACAACCUUCGCUAUGCCCAUUACCUGUUCGACCAAAUACCCAAGUGUAGGAACCAGUUUCUUUGGACCUCCCUCAUACAUUCCCAUGUGCUUCAUGAUCAUUUUGGUCAAUCCAUCACUUUAUAUGCUAAAAUGCACUGGGUUGGCGUAUCGCCAUCUGGGUUCACCUUCUCUUCAGUUCUCAAUGCAUGUGCUCGUGUUCCGGCACUUUUUGAAGGGAAACAAGUCCACGCAAGGGUUGUGCAGUAUGGUUUCUUGGGAAACAAGAUAGUGCAAACUGCACUUCUUCAUAUGUAUGCAAAAUGUGGGCUUGUACUGGAUGCAAGGGACAUCUUUGAUAGGAUGGAUGAUAAAGACUUGGUUGCUUGGACGGCCAUGGUUUGUGGGUAUUCAAAGAUGGGAUUGAUGGGCGAGGCGCGGUGGUUGUUUGAUAACAUGGAGCAGCGCAAUGCAGUUUCUUGGACUACAAUGGUUGCUGGGUACGCAAACAAUGGUGAUAUGGAAACAGCAAAGGAAUUAUAUGAAAGAAUGGUGGAGAAAGAUUCAGUGCGGCUUCCGGAUCAUAUUGUGAGGUCAUGGACCCGUGGGUUUCGGGUUGAUCUUUUUGGGACUUUAACGCUUUUUGAUUCCCAAGAUACUGCUAAACUAGUCCAAGUGGAAGGAAAGCUUUUCUGGGCAUAG